GGAGCUGCGUGCAACAUGAAAGGAAGCUCCUCAUUUCUCAGAAUUAUUCCCAUAUUAAUGCCGGCCGGGAUAAAGCAGCAUUGUUCCGAUAAAUGAAAACCGGCGUUUAUGUGCGUUAUGUGUUGCUCUCCUGCAGUAUUGAUAAUGAGGAUUUAUCAUGGCACGGUUGACAAUGAAUGCAAUGUGCAUGCGAUAGUGGGAGGGAUUAUCCACCAAGUAGGGCAAGUGGCUGAGGCUAAGGACUGCAAUUCCAUCGAGCCCAGUUCAUUUCAGUCAUCGGCUCAGAGCUCACAGACGGGACAAGGAGAACACGUUUCAGCGCCGCUUUAUUUGUCAAACCCCCCACGUAACAAAAAAACAGAAAAGAAAAGAAAAAGAAAAAAGAGCCUCAAGUGAAAAUGGUUAAGUACAUGCGACAGCACAGCGAGCUGAAACCCGAAGAGGUCCUGUCGGAGUCUGAUGCGUCCAUGGACCAGCAGGAUUUCGGAGAGAUGUCCGACUAUUCUUUCAGCGACGUUUUAUACUCCAAAUGUUCCGCAAUGGACCAAAUCGGCACUUUCAUGAAGAACGUGCAAGUGCUGCUCGAUGCGGCAAAUUACAUAGAAAAUGUCGAGAAGAGCAGCGGAAAAUGCGAGCACGGCUACGCUUCAACAUAUCCUGCGGGCCAGACUGCACACCAACAGAAACAGCGCAAAUUCAAGAACAGGAAAUUGGACAAUCUUCACAAUAGGUCAGCACACAAUGAACUGGAAAAGAAUAGACGAGCACAUCUACGGCUGUGUUUGGAGAAGUUGAAGUCCCUCAUCCCUCUGGGACCAGAGUGCAGUCGACACACCACACUGGGACUGCUCAACAAGGCCAAAGCACAUAUCAAGAAACUUGAAGAGAUGGACCGGAGGAGUCAGCACCAGCUGGAGACCUUAGAGAGGGAGCAGAGGCAUCUGCAGAGGCAGCUAGCCCAGCUGCAGACUCAUGGAGAGCGGGAGAGGGUCCGUACAGACAGCCUGGGCUCCCGCAUGGACUCUGAUCGCUCAGAGUCUGACAGAGAGGAGAUUGAAAUCGAUGUGGAAAGCACUGAGUUCUCCCAUGGAGAAAUGGACAGUGUAAGCACCAGUGGUGCGAGUGACCUGGACGACCACAGCAGCCGGCAGAGCUCAGCCAGUGAUGAGGGCUACUCCACUUGCAGUCUAAAACUGGCCUUCUCUGCUUGAAACACCAGCCUAUACUCUCACUUCAGCUGCAGUCUUUUAUGGCUUUCACCUUUCAAAGUACCAGCCUACAGCUCCAUUCUCCCCCACAGUUUAGGUAACCUUUCUUCAGAAGAACCAGCCUCAAUCCCACCUGUAACUGACAAAUGAAAGAGCUCCUCCACCCUGAGAACCAGCCUUAUGUUCAACUCAGUCUAAAAAGUUUAAAACGUCUCCUUACAUAAGCCAAGGGGCUUCCUCUACACGAAACGUUUUACACAACAGCCUCAAAUUCUGGCAAUAUAGUUUCCUCAUUUUCCAAGUUGACAAUAACCUGAAUGUCCCACAACCCAUUACCAGCUUGAAUCAACCAUACCUGCACCCAAUACUGAUCCUGUAGAGGACCCGUGUCUGCACCAGUGUUCAACACUGAAGGGGAAACGGUACCUUUAGUCAAGCUGAUCCUCUGAAACCAGCAAAAAACCAACAACAAGAAAACCCAAACAUACCCAAUACCAGCUAGAAGCUCACCAUUGGGAACGUCUGCUCCAUUUGCCUUGUAAAAACUUUGCCCCUUUUCUUUGGAUGUUAUAUCCAAACGGCACUUCUUGUCCGUGUACAAGCCAGUGGCAAGGGCUACUAUGUCAGCAUUCCAAAAUGUUUAUUACACUUCUAUAACCUCUGCUUUAAGACCCACAACCAUCAUUGAUCCCUGUGGCGUCCUUCCUGACAUACAGUCAUAUCCAAACAGGUGGUGUAGUCCACCCUUGUUCCUCUAAUUUAUUUUGCAUAUGAUUAUAGUAUUUAUUUUUGGUAUAUUUAAUUUUACUGUAGCUAGGUCUUGGUCAUGCUUGAAUUAAACAAUAACAACCCUUUUUUUAUGUUUACCAGAUGACUUGACAAUUAAGCCCCAGUGAAGCAUACACAGUGCUACAGGUUUAAUGCAUCACUCAAAUGUUUUUUUGUUAAAAGAAUGACACAUCUCUUUCGCACUGUGUGCAAAUUCAACUUUAUUUAGACAGUUAUAAGCUAUCCCGCACUUGUCCAAGCACAAGGCUCAAGCAAUAAUGCGCCUAGUUUUUAGUAUAUCUUGAACGUUGGCUGUGUUUAGCACAUUAUUCUGUCCGUCCAACACCAAAUUGCAGUUUGCUAGUUUCCACUUGCUCUGUUAGUGGUAUCAGUUGAUAAUAAUAAUAAUCUGAAGUAAAAAUGAUUGUAAUUGAUUUCUUUUUUAAAAAAAAGCUAUGGUGCAUGUGUGUUGAAUGUAGCUUGUCUAAUCAUGUUGUACUGUGCUUUGGAUUGACAAGUCUUUAAAAAAUGUCUGUAGCAUGAACAUAAACACUACAGAAUACCAACUUCGGUUUUUACUUCAAUGUUUAAUACUGUAUCUUUUUUGUAUUGUAGCAGGAAAAAGUUCAAAUCCUUGAAAUUUUGAGGUUUCCCACUAAUAAUUCAAUGUGUAUUUGACACACUGAAUUGCACUGCUGACCUGUUAGAAUCCAUGAAACCAAAUAAGACAUUUCAAUAAGACCAUUUAUCUGCAUUUUUUUGGUCCAAGUCCGAAGUAGAUCACCACCAAAUUGUGUCUUAACAUGGGUAUAUGACUCUUGCACAAAGUUCCUUGUAACAGGUAUUUUCUCCCCCCAACCUGUUUGGGAAACUAUAAAAUGCACUAUGAAAAAGACUUUUGUUAAGGAAAUAUGUCAAAGCACAUCCCAGAAUGUUUUCUCCCGUGCUCAAAUCAGCCAUCCAAGGUGACUUUUUUGCAAAUCAUGCGCUGCUGGUCCCCUGCUAAUACUUUGUAUAGGUUCCUCAUAACUGUGUCCCUGGAAUCUUAAUAAAACGUCUACCACCCUGA